AGCUUGUAGUACAUAUUUCAAAAUGUUGCGUAAAGCUUUGCUUACGUUUUCUCUCAUUUACUUCGCCAGUAAUUGUCUAGGACAUUUUGCUGGGAAAUCCAAAUCUUCGAUUUCAACAUGUGAUAUGAUCAAACGAACAAAACCUCUUCCCUAUCCUACGCCUGCUCCGACAAAUGUGGACACAUCAAAAGCCAUUCUAGUCAAUACGUCCUCGCUUCUGGUUCAAAGAAAUGAGCUGCUUGGACCAUUAAUAGUCAAGAAUACCGGAUACGCUUUCGUGAUUCAAGGAAAUCCACCUCCAACAACAGCUGGAACAUUUGGUGGAACAUUAUGCGGAGAAUUUUAUGCAUUUCACCAAAUUCAAUUUUUUGUGAGCAAAAAUCUCACCAGUAGAAGCUACUAUACAGUAGAUGGACAAGGAGCUCCUUUGACUGUAUCCGUAGAAUACUACAAUAUCAAGUACGGAAGUUUUGCAAACGCUCUGAAUCAUCGCAACGAACCAGUUCACGGCAGUUCGCAUUUAUUGUCACAGCUUCCUAUUGACAAUCCUAUAAUGUAUCCUCUCGAAUUUCUGCGCAAGUUCUUCAAAAAAGCCGGUUCGCAUCUGAUUCUACCUGCAGCCCUGUCCUACGCAUGGUUCGAUAUUUUCCCCUUCAUCGGUACCUACUACGCUUUUUUCUCAGCAUAUUUAGAUUUAGAAGCAGGAAAACAAUACGAAAGUGCGAUUGCCAUGACAUCUACAGAUAAAUUUUUCCAUACAAUAAGCGAAAGACAGUUUAAAGAUUUCUUCCUGUAUUUGGAGAACAAAGAUGGAGGAGUAUUGGAAAAUGUACUGCCUCUUAAGCCUUUCGGUAAAAGAGAUUUGAUUCAAGCUAUUGGAGUAGGUCAACAGUUACCUCUAUUUUAACUUCAUCGACUUUUUACAUUUUUUUAAAUGGAUGAAUAAUUUUUACUUACAACACAAUUUCUAAGCUAAAAGUCGCGAAAAUAAUUUUUCCAUCCGUAUCAAAUGCCAUACCACAUGCAUAGAUAAGUUUUGUACAUCAUAGAAAUCAAAUAAAAAGUUGCUGAAUCGUG